AUGGGGAGAAAGAGACUUGAUAAAAAUGCAAAAAAUGUAAAAAAGAGGAAAAGAAAAAAGGGAUCAGAUAGCGAAGAUGAUGAUGAUAUUGAAAUAACUAACAUCAAUGUUAAUUUAAAUAGAAACGCGUCUUCUUUGGGUAAAUUUAAACAAAGAGAGAAGCUUGAUAUAAACUUGAUUCUAGCUCAAGAUGAGGCCGACGCUUCUAAAAUAAAAAGUUACUGUUGGACGAAGGUUAGCGGUGGAAGUAGCUCCUUAACUCGAAGGAAAUUUUGUAUUGUUUGUGGUUUUGAAGGAAAAUAUAAAUGCUUAAAAUGCUAUGAGCAUAAACCAAUUUCAUACAUUAGAUAUUACUGUUCGUUAAAUUGCAAGAAAAUUCAUGAUGAGUCUUCAUGUUGUAAAUAUAAAAUGUUAGAUAUGUGGUGA